AUGGAAGGGUUCUGUAUGGGACAGGUAUAUGUGGAGGCUUUAAAAAUCCUGAACAUACAAGAUGAGGUGUCCUGUCACAUCUGCCUGAAGCUUUUGACAGAAUCCCUGACUCUAGACUGUGGCCACAGCUUCUGUCAAGCCUGCAUCACUGUGGACACCAAGGAGUCAGAGAUCAGCCCAGGAGAGGAAAGCAGCUGUCCUGUGUGUGGUAUCAGAUACUCACUUGGAAACCUAUGUCCUGAUCAGCAUCUGGUCAACAUAAUGGAGAGAAUCAGAGAGUUCAAGUUGAACCCAGAGAAGGAGCUGAAGAGAAACCUCUGUGUGCACCAUGAAGAGAAACUCCUGCUCUUCUGUAAGGAGGAUAGGAAGGUCAUUUGUUGGCUUUGUGAGCAGUCUCAGGAGCACCGUGGUCACCACACAUACCUCGUGGAGGAAGUAGUCAAGGAAUGUCAGGAGAAGCUUCAGGCAGCUCUGGAGAGGCUGAGGAAGGAGCAGCAGAAAGGUGAGAAGUUGGAAGCUGACAUCAGAGAAGAGAGGACUUCCUGGAAGUACCAGAUACAGACUGAGAGACAAAGGAUAUGGACGGAAUUCAAUCAGCUUAGAAGCAUCCUGGACAGUGAAGAGCAGAGAGAACUGCAAAAAUUGGAAGAAGAGGAGAAGAGGAUACUGGAUAGCUUGGCUGAGGCUGAGGCUGAGCUGGCUCAGCAGAACCAAUUGGUGAAAGAGCUCAUCUCAGAUCUGGAGCAUCGCCGUAAAUGGUCAACAGUGGACCUGCUGCAGGACAUGAGUGGAAUCAUGAAAUGGAGUGAGAUCUGGACACUGAAGAAGCCAAAAACUGUUUCCAAGAGACUGAAGAGUGUAUUCCACACUCCAGAUCUGAGCACAAUGCUGCGCAUGUGUAGAGAGCUAACACAUGUCCAGUGCUACUGGGUGGACAUCACACUGAAUCCAAUCAACUUAAAUUUAAACCUUGUCCUUUCAGAAGAUCAGAGACAAGUGAUGUCUGUGCCAAUUUGGCCUGUUAAGUGUACUAAUUAUGGUAUCUUGGGCUCCCAAUAUUUCUCUUCAGGGAAACACUACUGGGAAAUAGAUGUGUCCAAGAAGACUGCCUGGAUUCUGGGGGUAUACUGUAGAACACGUUUCUGUAAUAUAAAGUUUGGUGUUAGACAAGGCACAGUUCAUCGGAAUGUUUACUCCAGAUACAGACCUCAAUGUGGCUACUGGGUUAUUGGGUUACUGAAUAAAUUUGAGUAUAAGGCCUUUGAGGAGUCUUCUACAUCUCAUCCCAUGGUCUUGACUAUUUCCAUGGCUGUUCCUCCCCAUCGUGUUGGGGUUUUCCUAGACUAUGAUGCAGGCAUUGUCUCAUUUUUCAAUGUCACAAACCAUGGGUCACUCAUCUACAAAUUUUCUAAAUGUUGCUUUUCUCAGAUUGCUUAUCCAUACUUCAAUCCUUGGAACUGUCCAGGCCCCAUCAUCCUGUGUCCACCAUGUUCCUGA